UAGCUCGGUACUGGUGGUUCUGUGGUUGCACACCAGGGCUCGCACUCUGCCACACGGAAACUUUGGUGCCCAGCACUAAAAUAAUGCCGACGGUGCCUGUUUUUUUGUGGUGGAGAGAGCAGCGCAUGGCGUGGAGGCCGCCGCUGAGGCAGGCCCACCCUUUGUCUUAGGUGUUCUUGGGAGUUGGAGUCCACGACUACAGGCCUUUUGUGCGCCACAUGCCGUCUAAUGACCGCGCUGCUUGCGGACAGAUAUAGCAAUGAAUCUGUACUUGGUUCGGUGAAUGUGGUGGAUUUAUGGCGCACCAGUUUUAACUUUAACUGAAACGUGUUCAUUUUAGUAAGCUGGAAAAUAUGUUUUUGGCUGCCGAGUUCAAGUUCCACUUGCAAGCAGUCCUGUUCAGUAACUGAUGACAUCAUGAAAUGUCAUUAUGGGUAAGAAACAAAAUGGCAAAUCAAAGAAGGAGAUGGAGCAGCCUGAGGAAUUUGUGGUGGAAAAAGUAAUUGACCAGCGUAUUGUGAAUGGGAAAGUGGAAUACUUCCUGAAAUGGAAAGGCUUCACAGAUGCAGACAACACCUGGGAGCCUGAAGAGAAUUUAGAUUGUCCAGACCUGAUAGGGGCGUUUUUGGCCACUCAGAAGUCUGCUGUUGAGCUCGACUCGAACAAGAGGAAACCUUCCACCGAUGGGACUGAUUCAGAAGAGAGCAAAACAAAGAAGAAGAAGGAUGUGGCUGAAAAACCUCGUGGGUUUGCCCGUAACCUUGAGCCUGAGCGUAUCAUUGGAGCCACAGAUAGCAGUGGAGAGCUGAUGUUUCUCAUGAAAUGGAAAGACUCUGACGAGGCAGACCUGGUCCCAGCGAAAGAGGCUAACGUCCGCUGCCCACAGGUGGUCAUCGCUUUCUAUGAAGAGCGUCUCACCUGGCACUCGUGUCCUGAGGAUGAGCAGCAGUAGUGUCUGGCUGCUGCCCUUCCCUGCUUGUCCCUUUUUGCUCUUUUAAUCUUGUGGUAGUCUCCCCAGCCCCCACUGUUUCCAGGUAACAUUUAGUUUAAAUCGCAGUGCAGAGUGGCGAUUGGCUGUUUGUGCGGAUUUUACAGGUAGGAUGCCUAGGGGCUAACUUUAUGGAAUAAAAAGGGCAGUGAUUAUGUAGGGGCUCGGGGGCUUGUUUAUUAAAAACUCCGUAUGAGCAGAGAGGGUCCGCUUGUCAGUUUUUAAUUUGAUGUUCCUGGUGCAGCUGCCAGACGCUUUCCAGGGCUAUGAAAUGGUGUAUUUGGGGCUUUCAAUCUGCCAGGUGACACAUACCUCAAUAUUUGAAGGAGAGACCAAUUGAUGCAUUUUAAACUGCCCCCCCCCCUCCCCAAAGUUCUUUAGUGUAUUCAUUUUAAUUAUUCUAAGUGACUUGUAUUGGUUGCUGUUCUUAAUGUCAUUUUAAGCUUUUGUCUUUGACCCAACUUGUACUCUCUCUGUUCAUAGCUUGUUUUACCGCCCGUCGACUUGUAGUAAGUGUCAUUUGAAACUUUGUUGCAUACUUGAAUCAUAUUUGAACAGUGACACUGUAUAUUCACUUUGUAAAUAUUUUCAACUGUUCAAUAAAGGUUUAUAUGCUUCAUUUAUAA